AUCGUGUUAACCACCAUGUGACAAUCAUCUGAGCUUGAACUUGCCAGCAACGAUGUCCGAGUACUGGAAAUCGACUCCUUCAUAUUGGUGUAAGUUUUGCUCUCAAUAUGUGCGCGACUCGGCGAUCGAGAAGCGCAAUCACGAAGCCAGCAUCAAGCAUCAGAACAAUAUUCAGCGAAGUCUUCGCAAUCUGCAUAAGAACCACGAUCGGGAGGAACGAGAAAAGCAGCGAGCAAAGGAUGAGGUAGCGCGGCUGAAAGGAGAAAUCCCACCACCAAGAGAUGCAGCACCAACGGUCCCCGCGACUACAGGCCCGUUAUUGACACCUGCUCAACAAAGGAAAGCACAUGCAGAGCAGCUCGCCAGCCUUGGUGUUCUUCUUUCGGGAGAAUUAAAGCGAGAAGUAACAGGAGUCGGAGAAUUCGAGGUUGUCAACGAACGACAGCUUUACAAUGGUGGAAAGCCAGUGGUAUCGACAGUGUCGCGUUCGUUGGCGGAGAUCCUAGCCGAGGAAAGAUCAGGCGGAGGAGCGAAUGAGAAUGAACCCGACGACCGCCUCAAGAGAAAAGCCGAGGAUGACGAGGACGACGAUGAAAACACAAACCCGAGGGAUGAGGAGGCACGGCCUAAGAGACGAGCGUGGGGAAGCAAUUUCAAAACUUAUCCAGGGCAGAAAGAAGAUGACGAUGUUGAAAAUCUGGACUCGCUGCUCAGUGGGGUGCGAGCUGCGAAGGCCACAGUCGCAUUGAAGAAAGAAGAUUCGGUCCCGACAGACGCCAUCAAGGGCGAGGGAUUACAGUUAUCAGAAGAGACUUCACCAAUCACUGAAACGAAAUCCAAUGUCACAGAGCUCAAGCAAGAACCAAACAACGCUGAAAAUGCACAAACGGCUGUAAUCUUCAAAAAGCGAAAAGUAAAAAAAUGAAUACUCUGUUUACAGGGUGCCUCAUCCGCCAAUGAAGGUUGGCGAUUCUGUCUGACCGACUCUUGCAGUGUGUCAGGUCUGGGUUAUGCCAAUCGUAUCCUCGCGCACCGAGAUGCCUGGUCUAUCUGAGAACCAAUUGGUUCGCGGGUACUCUUCCAGAUCGAUUGUUUACACAAAAAGCUGGCCCCGGCACCUAUGCGGAUAUAGUGACCAUGAUCACGACUCUGCACUAUGGCUAGAUUCUCGCGUAUUCAAUCCUUUGGCCACGUCAAACGGCCUCUUCCUGAUCGGUCCUCGGAUCCAAAUGCCUUUUCUGGCCAUCUACACACCACAUGAUGAACGGCCCAGAGUCCGCUGCUGCCUCUGGCACAAAUGGCUGCCACCAACGCCCGAUGAUCAUUUGUCUACCU